CUCGUGUUUGACUGGUGAUGAAACGAAACUGAAAAAGAUAUUUCACGUGUGUGUACGAUCCAAACAAGGACAUCGGUUGUUUGUUUUUUCCUCAGCACAGUAAGGUUGAAAUAUGUCUCAAAAUGAAAAUGAUCACGAUGCCGAUGAUUUGGAGGCCAACUCGGCUGUUCCCAGAGCCAAGAAACACGACAGCGGGGCAGCAGAUUUAGAGAGAGUGACGGACUAUGCCGAGGAAACAGAAAUCACUGGUCAGCGCCUUACCAAUGCACUAGCAGCGUUGGACCAGAGGAGAUCUCAAGAAAGUUCUGAGAAAAUAGAAAGAGAACGAGAGCUGGCCAAAGUUGUUAUCAAGAAAGGAGAUGUUGAUCUAAUUAUACAAGAGCUGGAGAUCAGCAGAACAGUAGCUGAAAGGAGUUUGAGAGAGAACAAAGGGAACCUUGUGGAAGCUUUAAUACAGUUGACUAACUGAAGAUGUACAGCAGAGAGAUAAUCCAUUCUCCUUAAAGACAGUGGACACUGUUGGUAAUUGUCAAAGACUAGUCUUCACAGUUGGUGUAUCUCAACACAUGCAU